AGCCCCCGUCCCGGCCCCGGCCUCGCAGUUCACCCUGCUGGUGAUGCACCCGUGUGGAGGGCAGGACGAGGCUGCGGCCGAGGGCGUCCUGAGUCAGGCUUCGGCCCUAGGGGGCAGCGCCGGGGCGGGCAAGCCGAUUCAGUACCUGUGUGAAGUGGCAGGGGAUGGCGAGGAGGAGGCAGGCGAGGACGAAGCCGACCUGCUGGACACAUCGGACCCCCCGGGGGGAGGCGAGAGCACGGCUAGUUUGGAGGAUCUGGAAGACGAGGAAACUCACUCGGGGGGCGAAGGCGGCAGCGGGGGAGCCCGGAGACGGGGCAGCGGCGGGGGCAGCAUGAGCAAGACCUGCACCUAUGAGGGCUGCAACGAGACCACGAGCCAGGUGGCCAAGCAGCGCAAGCCGUGGAUGUGCAAAAAACACCGCAACAAGAUGUACAAGGACAAGUACAAGAAGAAGAAAAGUGAUCAGGCCCUGAACUGUGGUGGGGCCGCCUCGGCUGGCAGCUCAGGAAACGUCAAACUGGAGGAAAGUGCAGAUAACUUACUCUCCAUUGUUAAACAAAGAACAGGAUCUUUCGGGGAUCGACCUGCAAGACCUACUCUUUUAGAACAAGUGUUAAAUCAGAAAAGACUGUCAUUACUAAGAAGUCCAGAAGUGGUGCAAUUUUUACAGAAACAGCAACAACUAUUAAAUCAGCAAGUUUUGGAGCAAAGACAACAACAGUUUCCAGGAACAUCGGUGUGAGGGAAUUUAUCCAGCUUGACAUGUUUUUUUACCUUCUUUUAGUAGAUGGACAUAUUUUUAUACUAAAGAUAAGUGGGGUGAGAUAUGCCAGUAGAACAUAAACAGUCAUUUUCCUGUAAAUGUACGUGUGUGUUUGAGGACAAAUGAUUAUUGCACAUUGUGCACGUGAUCCUUUCAAAUUACCAUGGAUUUGAAUCAACUUAUCUUUCCAAAAUAAUAUUUAAUCACAUUUUUUUUAAACAAAGUGUUUUUCUUCAGUCAUUGUUACUGAAGGUAUUGAAGCAGUUGCUUUCUGUGGAAGUCACGAAGUCAAUAGAUAUUGAUCUUGGAUCACCUAGCUCAGUGGUUCUUAUCAAGGGGCAGUUGGAAAUGUAUGGGGAUGUGUUUUUGCUUGUCACAGUGACCUUGAAAACUGAUGGGUUUUAGUGACUGGGCCAGGAAUGCUAAGUGUCCAGAGUGGUUCCCCACAGUUAAGAAUUAUCUUGCACACAAUGCCAAUAAUACUCCUCUUAAGAAACACUGAGAGCUACUUGUGAUGAUAAAAUGUAUUUGGGGCACCUGGAAUCAGGUUCUCGUGAUAACCUCUUCUUUGCAGUUAAGACUGGAGCUGUCAAAGAGGUAAGCGUAUUUUAUACCUAUAAGGACAGUGAUCUUGUUAAAUCUCUGUGAAAUUAGGAUGUGCCUGUCUUUUCAGAGAUGUGCUGGUAAAACCUGAGAUGGGUUAACUAAGUACUCUGGAAUGAGUGCAUCUCCUCAAGUUGGCUUCUCCACUUCAUGUUCCCUAUUAGUGUCGAGCUCUUUUGAAGCAGACACUCUCGUGUGUUGAAUUUGUGAACAGUAUGAAUGUAUCUCAUCCCACCAAUGUCAGGAUAGAAAUAAUUUUUUACACUCAUUUUUUUUCAAAAAGAGAUACUGAAAAUAAGAGUAACACUCCAGCAUUUUGUCUGUUUUUCAACACUGAGCUAUUUUAAGAUCGUGUUGUUCCUAAGUAAUGUUCAGAGAGUGAUGGGUAAUCUGGAUAGAUACUUUUAUUUUUCCCUAGGAAGAUUUUUAAAAGGCAAAAGUUACCAACAGGAGUAUCAAAUCAAAUCUCAAGAAAGUAUUUCUAGUGUUAAGACAGUAAAUGCAUGUGCCUCAAGUUAAACUAUGCAAAAAUUUGCUAGUCUCUUGGGUUUUAAGCUCUGAAAUACGUAUCAGGUUAAACUUCAGUCAUAGCUCUUCUAAGAAGUACUUAAGAAGAGAAGGAAUCUUUUGUUCAUUUUUUAAUAUGUGUUUUAUACUUGCAUAUCUGUGCAAAAAUGCUUUUACAAGAACUAUUCAUUAAAGUCCAGUUGUUGACCUUUAA